UGAGAAUAACCCACCUGGGUAUGAGGCAGUGCUACUUAUAGAGGCCUCUCAAUGAGCCAUGUGCAUCACCCCAGCAACCCUCGACUCCCAACGGCCACAAUCCGUCCAAGCAACUGCCCCAGAACACCACUGCCACCCCAGCUGAGGUCCUCUUAUGCACUGAGGCCUCCAGCAGGUCCUUCAUGGAGGGACUGGGGGUGAUUGAACAGCCACCCAUUGCCUGCAACAAAACUCUCCAAAGUGUUGGGAUGCCAGAGGGAGGUGAGAAUAACCCACCUGGGUAUGAGGCAGUGCUACUUAUAGAGGCCCUCAAUGAGCCAUGUGCAUCACCCCAGCAACCCUCGACUCCCAACGGCCACAAUCCAUCCAAGCAACUGCCCCAGAACACCACUGCCACCCCAGCUGAGGUCCUCCCACGCACUGAGGCCUCCAGCAGGUCCUUCAUGGAGGGACUGGGGGUGAUUGAACAGCCACCCAUUGCCUGCAACAAAACUCUCCAAAGUGUUGGGAUGCCAGAGGGAGGUGAGAAUAACCCACCUGGGUAUGAGGCAGUGCUACUUAUAGAGGCCUCUCAAUGAGCCAUGUGCAUCACCCCUGCAACCCUCGACUCCCAACGGCCACAAUCCGUCCAAGCAACUGCCCCAGAACACCACUGCCACCCCAGCUGAGGUCCUCUUAUGCACUGAGGCCUCCAGCAGGUGCUUCAUGGAGGGACUGGGGGGUGAUUGAACAGCCACCCAUUGCCUGCAACAAAACUCUCCAAAGUGUUGGGAUGCCAGAGGAGGUGAGAAUGACCCACCUGGGUAUGAGGCAGUGCUACUUAUAGAGGCCCUGAAUGAGCCAUGUGCAUCACCCCAGCAACCCUUGACUCCCAACGGCCACAAUCCGUCCAAGCAACUGCCCCAGAACACCACUGCCACCCCAGCUGAGGUCCUCCCAUGCACUGAGGCCUCCAGCAGGUGCUUCAUGGAGGGACUGGGGGUGAUUGAGCAGCCACCCAUUGCCUGUGACAAAACUCUCCAGAGUGUUGGGAUGUCAGAGGGAGGUGAGAAUAACCCACCUGGGUAUGAGGCAGUGCUACUUAUAGAGGCCCUCAAUGAGCCAUGUGCCUCACCUCAGCAACCCUCAACUCCCAACGGCCACAAUCCGUCCAAGCAACUGCCCCAGAACACCACUGCCACCCCAGCUGAGGUCCUCCCACGCACU